AUGGCCGCCGCGAGGGAGGAGGAUGUGGCCGCGCGGCCGCUGCUGCUGCCGCGGUCGGCGCAGGAGGACCAGGCGUGGUGGAGGCGGUGGGCGCGCGAGGCCGGGUGGGUGGGGUACCUGGCCCUGCCCAUGGUGGUGGUGAACCUGUCGCAGUACGCCGUCCAGGUGUCGUCCAACAUGAUGGUGGGGCACCUCCCCGGCGUGCUCCCGCUCUCCUCCGUCGCCAUCGCCACCUCCCUCGCCAACGUCUCCGGGUUCAGCCUCCUGAUCGGAUUGGCAAGUGCACUGGAGACGCUAUGUGGCCAGGCCUACGGUGCAAAACAGUACCAUAAACUAGGCCUAGACACUUACAGAGCGGUCGUCACCCUCCUGGUGGUCUGCAUCCCUCUCUCGCUCCUCUGGGUGUUCAUGGACAAGAUCCUGGUCCUCAUAGGGCAAGACCCUCUCAUCUCGCAAGGCGCCGGGAGGUACAUGAUCUGGAUGAUCCCGGGGCUCUUCGCCAACGCGGUGAUCCAGCCGCUCACCAAGUUCCUGCAGACGCAGAGCCUGAUAUACCCGCUGCUGCUGUCGUCCGUGGCGACGGCGGCGAUCCACAUCCCGCUCUGCUACGUCAUGGUGUUCAAGACUGGCCUUGGGUACACAGGCGCUGCCCUGACGAUAAGCAUAUCGUACUGGCUGAACGUGGCCAUGCUUGUUGGGUACAUCGUGUUCUCGAGCUCUUGCAAGGAGACACGCGCGCGCCCGACGAUCGACGUCUUCAGGGGAGUGGACGCGUUCCUGCGCCUAGCCCUGCCUUCUGCACUCAUGAUGUGUCUUGAAUGGUGGUCAUUUGAGCUCCUUACUCUCAUGUCUGGGCUUCUACCCAACCCAGAGCUGCAGACCUCAGUGCUUUCGAUCUGUCUCACAAGUGUAACGUUACUCUUCACUAUACCUUUUGGGCUUGGAGCUGCUGGAAGCACACGAGUAGCAAAUGAACUGGGUGCUGGGAACCCUGACGGAGCUCGAUCAGCAGUCCGCGUGGUGCUGUCCAUGGCGGGGAUCGACGCGGUUGUCGUGAGCGGAACCCUUCUAGCGGCGCGGCGCCUUGUGGGCAUCGCGUACAGCAGCGAGGAGGAGGUCAUAUCUUCGGUCGCUGCCAUAGUUCCUCUGGUCUGCAUCACUGUCAUAACUGACUGUAUACAAGGAAUUCUCUCAGGCGUCGCCCGCGGGUGCGGGUGGCAGCACCUGGGCGCGUACGUGAACCUUGGCUCGUUCUACCUGCUGGGGAUCCCGAUGGCGAUCCUCCUCGGCUUUGUGCUGCACAUGGGGUCCAGGGGGCUCUGGAUGGGCAUCGUCUGCGGCUCCCUGUCGCAGACCACGCUCAUGUCCGCCAUCACAUUCUUCACCGACUGGCCCAAGAUGGCUGAGAAGGCCAGAGAGAGGGUGUUCAGUGACAAGCCACAUGAGCCGGUGCCAUGA